GUUGCUGCCCCCUUUUUACACGAAAAGCUGUUUUAAAAUAUAUUAAUCACCCUUGUUUUAUCGCGGAAUACAUAUAAAAGACAUCAGGAUGGUGAACAUACCUAAAUCGCGUAAGACCCUCUGCACGGGAAAGUGCAAGAAGCAUCAAUUGCACAAGGUCACACAAUACAAGAAGGGUAAGGACAGUAAGCACGUCCAAGGUCGUCGUCGUUACGACAUGAAGCAAGCUGGUUUUGGUGGUCAAACCAAGCCUAUUUUCCGUAAGAAGGCAAAGACAACCAAAAAGAUUGUACUCAAACUGGAAUGCACCACCUGCAAAAAGAAGCACUUCGCCACCCUCAAGCGUUGCAAGACAUUCGAAUUGGGUGGUGACAAGAAGAGCAAGGGUUCUUCCACCGCAUACUAACCGCAUUAUGUAAUCUCGUAUAGAAACGA